AUGGAGAGACGCUCCAGCGGAGUCUCUCACCGCUCUCACCAAAAGCCUGCCGCCGUUCUCUUUCCCUCACAAAAUGACGGAGCAGGUCGUUGCCCGAAACCGGAAAUAACUUCGGACCACGUGCUGGAAGUGAGAAGGACCCACUAUUUGUUCAAUGUUGCCAGUGCUGCCACAAAGAAGAUCACUGAGUCUUUUGCUGAAACUGCUCAGUCAAUAAAGAAAUCAGUGGAAGAAGGAAAAAUAGAUGACAUCAUUGAUAAGAGCAUAAUUGGCGAUUUUCAAAAAGAACAGAAAAAAUUUGUUGAGGAACAGCAUACAAAAAAGUCAGAAUCAGCUGUGCCUCCAUGGGUUGACUGCCAUGAUGAAGAAGCAAUUCAACAGCAGAUUUUGGCUUUAUCAGCUGACAAGAGAAAUUUCCUUCGUGACCCACCAGCUGGAGUUCAGUUUAACUUUGACUUCGAUCAGAUGUACCCUGUUGCCUUGGUCAUGCUCCAAGAAGAUGAACUCCUGAACAAGAUGAGAUUUGCCCUUGUUCCUAAACUUGUGAAAGAAGAAACAUUCUGGAGAAACUACUUCUACCGAAUCUCCCUGAUUAAACAGUCAGCCCAACUCACCGCACUGGCUGCCCAGCAGCAGGCAUCUGGAAAUGACGAGAAAAGCAGCAGCAGAGAUGAUGAUUUGCCUCUGGCAGAAGCAGUGCGACCCAAAACACCACCUGUUGUAAUCAAAUCUCAGCUUAAAGACCAAGAGGAUGAGGAAGAAAUCUCUACCAGCCCAGGAGUUUCUGAGUUUGUAAGCGAUGCCUUUGAUGCCUGCAACUUAAGCCAGGAGGAUUUAAAAAAGGAAAUGGAGCAACUUGUACUUGAUAAGAACCAAGAGGAAACAACUGCACUAGAAGAAGAUUCUGCUGAUUGGGAGAAGGAGCUACAACAGGAACUUCAGGAAUAUGAAGUGGUAGCAGAGUCCGAGAAGCGAGACGAAAACUGGGAUAAAGAAAUUGAAAAGAUACUUCAGGAGGAGAAUUAGCCGUCUCCCAAACCAUUUCUUAACAUCGCAUUAAAAUCCGAUGCUCGCUGACUCAUGAAGGCACUGUGUAGCUUUAUGAAAUUUGAAAUUAGCUAAAACUUGCCUCUUAAAAAGAAAGUAUGUAGAGCAGCUAUUGUAGUAAUCAAAAAGUAACGGGAUAUUGUAUGUCAUUUUCAUAUAAAUGCAAGUCACCAAUGUUCUUAUAGGCAGCAGAGCUAUGUAUGCCACAAAAACACAGGUAAAAUACUGGUUUGUUUCCCACAAGGUUGGCAACGUAAUUUAUUCUUUAGUCAAGGUUUUCUAUAUAUUCCUUUCCUUUUUGUUGAUACAUGGGUUAAAGUACUUAAUGGCUUAAUUACUAUCAGAAUGACCAAAUUAUACCAAAGAGCUCAAAAGAAAGCACUUUCAAAACUAUCUUCUCAGAUAUUUUCUAAAAUUCUGUCUGAAAGCCAAAAGCUGAGAUAACUAGGUUCAUUUGAAUGAUAUAAACAUCACCAAAUUUGAUGUUAAAAAACACUGUGCAAGUCUUGAGAUGUGGUGGGCCCUUGCCUGUCAUUCACAACGCCCUCCAUUAUAUCAACCAAAAAAAAAAAAAAUACAAAAUAGAUUUCUUUAAAGUUUUACUUUUCCCUAGAGCCUUUUCAUUCUGUUUUGUUAAGUCUACCACAAAUUCAACAUCGUGUUUUUUUGUAGGAACAUGGGCCUUCAGUCCCUUUUGUAUUAAUAGCUAUUAAGAAGCCUUGUUCUCAAGGUAAUGGUCACUAUGUAUAAAUGUCUUAAUUAAAUUCUAUUAAUUAAAUUAAUAGAAUGAUCUUCCUUGGAGUACAACUUCUAGAACUUUCUAGUUCAUUCUUUAUGUAUUCUGCUAUGCCAGCAGGCAUCCGUUUAUAGAAUAAGAUCAUUUUAAAAGACCAAGGUGUUUUAAUGUUAGAAAACUUUCAUAUUUUCACAGCGCCUUUAUUUCAUAAGGGGAAUAAAACAAGAUGUUUCUUUAUAAGAAAAUUGUACAUAAUGAUAUUCUUGUACCAAUAAAAACUAGUCUAUGGUC